AUGGAGGGGGGGCGUAUUACGUGGCAGCAACUGCGAAGCUUGGAGUGGCCGCAACGCCAGGCGCUGGCGUGGGCGUGCGCGCGGUCCUCUUCAGCGGCGGGUGCGCGUGAAGCCCUGGGCGUGCGAAGCGGAAGCAGGCGGCCGUGGUACGCGGGAGUGGCGGUGGAAGGGCGGCGGCGGUUGAGCGGCGGGCAGCGGGAAGCGUUUGAGCGGCGCAUGGAGGCGGAGCUAGCGGCCUUGAUGGCGCGCCCACCCGCGCGGACGAGAGGGGUGGUGGGGCGAGGGAUGAAGGAGGUUGCGGAAAGACAACAACCCCGCGUUGGAGCGCGCGGCCUGACGUCCGCGGAGUUGUUGUGGGCGCGGCAGAGGGGGAACGAGCAUGGCGGAAAGGAAGAUAGCGGAGGAGCAGCGGUAGAGAGUGAGGAUGGGGAGAGGCGGUACGAUAUGGCUCAGCUGUGCGCUCAACUGGAUGAGAGCCUGUCGCCGCGCUCUGUGGUGGGAGGGGCGGUGGCAGCACAACAACAGCGCAUGGAGGCCAUGGUGGGUGUAGCGCAAGGGGGAAGCAGCGAUGGGCGGGAGCGAGAGAAGGCGGCGCUGUUGGAGUUCCAGGCAGCUCUAACCCCGGCGUCACAGAAAGUGCUGAAGGAAUGGUCGCUCACGUCGCUGGUGCCGCUGUGCGGCUGGACCGGGGUGGUGUGCUCCAACGAGAUAGGCCUACCGGACGCUGCUAACGGCACCACCACCACCGUUGCUGCUGCCUCUGUCAGCGCUGUCAGCGCUGUGAGCGCUGUGACCAGCACCCCCAACCCAAACGCUGUGGUGGGCCUGGUGUUGUCACAGCUGGGCCUGCAAGGCACCAUCUCCUCCUCCCUCGCCGCCCUCCCCUCCUUGCAGUACCUUGUGCUCUCCGACAACGCCCUAUCCUCCUCCAUCCCCUCCGCCAUCGCGCUCCUCCCCGCGCUCACGCUGCUCGACCUCUCCAUCAACAAGCUGUCCGGCACCAUCCCCGCCGCCUUCUCCCGCCUCUCCGCCUUGGUCUCCCUCUCCCUCUCCAACAACCAGCUAUCCGGCACCAUCCCCGCCACCCUCGGCGCACUCCCAUCCCUCUCCUACCUCUACCUCAACGUCAACUCGCUCACCUCCUCCAUCCCAACAGCUCUCGGGCGCCUCUCCAUGCUCUCGGAGCUGGCGUUGGGCACGAACAAUCUCUCGGGCAGUGUGCCAGAGGCGCUCUCAGCGCUCACAGGGCUCCUCAUCCUGGACCUCGUCACCAACCGCCUCUCAGGGACGCUCCCCUCGCACGUCUUCUCCGCCUGGUGCCGCGUCGCCUUCAGCAUAGAGAUCACCGGAAACGCCUUUUCUGGCCCGCUGCCGGACUUUACCGCGUGCACGGGGCUGGUGUGGCUGGAUGCGGGCACGAAUGGCUUCAGUGGCAGCAUGCCGGCAUCUGUCAGCCACAUGACCUCGCUCGAAACGCUCAUCCUCCUCAACAACUCCCUCUCAGCCUUGCCACCGACAGGCCUCGCCUCGCUGCCGGCCCUGGGCCAGCUGGACCUCUCCAGAAACAACCUCACCGGCCGCAUCCCCCCGUUCUGCGCGUCGCCCAGUUACACGCGCAUGCGCAGCCUGCGGUUCAGUGGCAACCAGCUGAGCGGGCGCGUGCCAGCGUCGCUAGGCAAGUGCGAGCUGCUAGAGAAUCUCUUCCUGGACGACAACCGCCUCUCGGGCUCCCUCCCUGCCUCCUUCCGCAUGCUGCGCCGCCUGCGCCAGGUGCGCCUGGAGCGCAACAAGCUCUGGGGCCCACUGCCGCUGGCGCGCCUAGAGAACAUCACCGAGAUCUGGCUGGACGGCAAUGCGCUGUCCGGCCGCAUACCGCCCGACCUGAGCUCGGCAGAGCGGCGCUUCAUCUACUUCUCAGCCCCGCACAACCGGUUCAGCGGGCCGCUGCCGGCAUCGCUGGGGCGGCUGGUGAUGCUGGAUCUAUCCUUCAACGCUCUCACCGGCGCCAUCCCACGCGCCUUCAUCGCCUCCACUGCCAACCUCUCCGUGCUGCUGCUCCCGGGAAACCGCCUCUCCGGCUCCAUCCCCGCCCGCAUCACCGCGCUCACCGCUCUCAAAACCCUCGACUUGAGUGGGAAUGAACUCGAGGGUGCCCUGCCGGAGAACCUUGCAGCGCUCUCACUCCUGCAGGAGCUCUCCCUGGCCAGUAGCAACCUCACAGGCGCCAUCCCAGCAGACCUUGCACAGCUGCCCGCGCUUGUGCGCGUUGACCUCAGCAACAACCGCUUGUCCGGGCCUAUCCCUCAGUUCCUUGGUGCCGCCCCGUCUGGGGGCAGCGGUGCUGGAAGUGCAGGGAGUGCGAGUGUGGCGCAGCUGCUGCUGGGCGGCAACGAGCUGGCAGGGUCCAUCCCUGACGGCCUCUCCACACUCACACAGCUCGUCGCCCUCAAUCUCUCCGCCAACCGCCUGUCGGGCUCACUGCCCUCGGGCUUGGCAGGCCUGCAGCAGCUGUCGGUGCUGGACGCCUCUUGGAACGCACUCACCGGCUCCAUCCCUUCCACCCUCUCUUCCCUCUCGUCCCUCCGCUCCCUCAACCUCUCCUCCAACUUCCUCUCGGGUCCGAUCCCCGCCGGCCCACUUUCCGCCCUCCCUGUGGCUUCCUAUGCCAACAACUCCGCUCUCUGUGGCAUUCCCACCAACGUCCCCUGCUCCCUGCCUCCGCCCUCCUCCCCUCCUCCGGGAAAUUCAGCUGGUUUGCCAGCGGCGGCAGUGGCAGGCAUUGUGGCAGCGAGUGUGUGCACGCUUGCCGUGGUGGCAGCAGCACUGUGUGUAAUGGGGAGGAGGAGGGAGGUGGAGAGGAGGAAGCGGCUGAACGGGUACCUGCUGAUAGUGAAGCAGGCGCCAGUGAAGGUGACGGUGGAGGGGAUAGUGGAGGGCACCAAGAACUUCAGUGACUCUAUGUUGCUGGGCAAGGGCGGCUUUGGCAGCGUCUACAAGUGCAAUGUGCCCGGCACGCAGUGCACGCUGGCCAUCAAAAGGCUCCAUUCGUCGCUGCCCCUGCUGCACUCUGGCUCUCCCGCUACCACGGCCAUGGGCAAGGGGAGCAAAAAGGGCAAGGGGAGCAAGAAGGGCAAGGGGGUUUCAGGGGAGGAGGCAAGGGAGGCAGCAGAGCAGCAAGCAAACAAGGAGGUGCAGGCAGAGGUGCGGACGCUAGGGCAGCUGGAGCACCAGAACCUGGUGCGGCUGUACGGGGCAUAUGUGAACGUGGAGGCGGGGGACAGGUGGCUCAUCUAUGAGUACAUUGCUGGGGGCAGCUUGGAAGACCUGCUGAGGAGGAGGAGGGAGGCUGCACCCGGGGUAGGGUUCAACAAGUGGGAGGCGAGGCUGAGCAUUGCGAUGGGGUUGACCAAGGCGCUCAAGUACCUGCAUCAUGAGUGCUCGCCGUACAUCAUUCACCGCGACAUCAAGCCCUCCAAUAUACUUGUGGUCGAGUCUAGGAGCGCUCAUGGGGGGCAGGAGGGUAGCAGUAGUGGCGGUAGCACGGUGGUGAGUGGGUCGGGAACAGGGACUGGUAGUGGAUCAGGAACAGGGAGUGCCAGUGGGCCAGGAACAGGCAGUGGUAGUGGGUCAAGAGGGACAACAGAAUCUGGUAGUGGGAACGCAAGUGGAAGUGGGAUGGGGAAUGGCAGUGUGAGUGAGAAGGAUAAAGGUGUAAAUGAGCCUGGGAACAGCAGCGGCAGCGGUGCUAAUACUGACAACAGUGGUGCUGGCAGCAGUGGUGCGUGCAGCAGUGGUGCGUGCAGCAGCAUCGACGGAGGUACCUAUUCAACCUAUGGCAAGCCAUGCACGGUCGAUCCAAGGCCUUUAGGAAUCCCUAGCAGCAUUGGCAACAGCACUGCAAGUGAGCCUGCAACAACAGCCAAGGCCAUGUCAGGGAGCACAAUUGCUUCCAAUAGUUCCAUCCACCUGCAAACCGCGCCUCCUCCGCACAACUCUGCACUGCCGUCCUUGCCCUCUGCCUCCUCCGCCCCUCAUCUGCUUCACCGCGAGCCAAUCAAGCUUGACCCUCUCUCCUCUCCAGCAACUUCUCAUCCCACCCCGUCUUCUUCAACCCAAGCAUCUGCACCGUCACUACCCUCACCGCACCCCUCCUCCACCACUCUUUCCUCCACAUCCCUGCCUGCUGCCCAACACACGUUCACGGUGCGAGUGGCUGACUUCGGCCUGGCACGGCAGGUGGACGUGCGGGCAUCACACAUGUCCACGGCCGUGCUGGGCACGUAUGGCUACAUGGCCCCGGAGUAUGCGCAGCGGGGGAGGGUCACCACAGCCACAGACGUGUUUGCAUUCGGGGUGGUGCUGCUGCAGCUGGUGUCAGGGCGAUCGCCAUACGACGAGGAGGUGGAGGAUAGAGGGCUGGCGAGGUGGGCCUUCUCCUCGCCUGUCUCUGCCGUGCUGGACCCGCUGCUGGGGCCGUCUGCGCCCACCAGGGCAGUGGAGGCCGUGCUGAGACUGGCGCUGCGGUGCACGGCGGAACAGAGCCAGAGACGCCCGUCCAUGCUGGAUGCGUGGACGUACCUCACGAGCCUGCAUGAUGUGGUCGCGCACAUGCAGGGCCAGGGCGGGGACGGCCUGGAUCUGUCGCUAGAGCAGCAAGGCAUGGCGUGGGAUGCUGGGGGCGUUGGGUCUGGGUCGACUUCUGUACUGCCUGGGAGCAGAGCGGAUGAGGAGGACAAGGGUGAGAAAGACAGUGACGCACACACGAGUGGGACAGGGUGA